GGCCCCGCAGCAGCCCCGGGACGGGAGGCGGGAGGAGGGAAGCGGGAGGCGGGGGCAGGAGGGGGGCGGCGGCGCCAGCCGGAGCAGCGGCAGCUGGCACUCUCUGUCGCUCCACCUGGUGGGAGCACCCAGGCCUGAGCGCGGAAGGACGGACUGGUCUCCGACAGGAUGGUGUCGGCGGCAGUGCCCAGGCUGGUGGUCUCUCUGUUGCUGCUCCUCAGGGCGCUGCCCAUGGUGGCCUACUCUGCAACCCUGCAGGCCGCCUAUCUGGAGGACACAGGGGGCAGCGGGGAGGCCGAGGGCUCGUCGGCCUCGUCCCCGAGCCUCCCACCGCCCCGGACGCCGGCCCUCAGCCCCACGUCGCUGGGGCCCCCGCCCACGCCCCUGGAAGGCCCCAAGCCCCCCACCAACUUCCUGGACGGCAUCGUGGACUUCUUCCGCCAGUAUGUGAUGCUCAUCGCCGUGGUGGGCUCCCUGGUGUUCCUGCUCAUGUUCAUUGUCUGCGCCGCGCUCAUCACCCGCCAGAAGCACAAGGCUUCGGCCUACUACCCCUCGUCUUUUCCCAAGAAGAAGUAUGUGGACCAGAGUGACCGGGCCGGCGGCCCGCGGGCCUUCAGUGAGGUCCCCGACCGGGCUCCCGAUGGCCGGCCCGAGGAGGCUCUGGAUUCAUCCCAGCAGCUCCAGGCUGACAUCCUCGCUGCCACCCAGAACCUCAAGUCCCCCGCCAGAGCGGCGCUGGGGGGCGGAGACGGAGCCCGGAUGGAGAGCGAGUCCGAGGGAGAGGAGAGCGGAGGCCGGGAGGCGGACCAGGAGGCCCAGGGACGUGGGAGCCCCGCAGCAGAGGAGAAACCAAAACCGGAGGGGCAGGAGGAGCCAAGCCCCGUGGUAGAGGAAGGAGUGUGGGAGGCUGGCCAAGGCCAAGCCUAGAAGUCCCCUGCUCUCCCCGACAGCACCCACCCAGACUCCCCUGCGCUCAACACUACUCCUAACUGCUCACAGCUCAUGAACAUCUGUGACGUCCCGGGCCCUGCUCUGAGCCCUGAAUGUCAUUUACUUGUUGAGACUCCCAACCGGGGAGAGGGACCCGCUGUUGUUCUCAUGUCACAGAGGGGGCGUCCGUUGCCUAGGUCCCAGAGCCAGGAUCCCAGCCCCACCGUCUGAUUCUGGAGUGAGUCCUCCACGGCUUGGACAGCUGCUUGGAUGAAUGAAUGAAGCCUUUGCGCAGGAGAGACCAAGGCCUCACUCCUGCUUACAGGCCCUCCAGGGUGCUCCCACAUUUUUGACAGAGUUACCAGAGGGGCCUUCUGUGGGCACACAUCUGGCGGGGCACCAGCGGAGGGCGAGCCUGGGGGGAGGUGGGCUGAGGGCCUGUAUAGGCUGGGGCUGGGCAAGGGGGAGACCUGAACUGGAGGGUGGGUGUGGGGGGCUCCACUGUUCCCAGGGAUCCGGGAAUCUGCCAGGUCUGAACAGGCCCCCACUGUCCCAGGGCUUGUAAAACCACACAGCUGCCCUCAGCCUGGGGGUCUGUUCCCGGGCCAGGCCUGCUGCUUCUCUCCCUAGAAAACGAAGGGGAGGGGGAACAAAAUCACCUAAAGACACAGCCUCUAGCUCAGCGUGGAAAUGGGGCCUUCUGGGGAAGUGUGCUGGGGGUCUGUGGGGUGCUGGAGGGACUUCUUCCAUGUGCUGUCACUUUCUCUGAUCAGCCCGAGGGGCUGGGCAUUCGCUGGCUGGGGGUGAUGUCUAAGGCAGGAGCAGGAGGGGCAGAACUCAGGUCUCAGGGCACAUCGUCUUGAACCCUCUUGGGGUGAUUUAUGUAGUUUGGGCCUGGGGUGCAGGGACUGAGGAGGGGGAGACUGCCAGUGUCCAUGCCAGCUCUACCCCUUUUUAGCUGUGCGGCCUUGGGUGAAUGGCCUCACCUCUCUGGGCUUUCAUUUCCUUGAGCAUAAAGAGAUGAUCCUACUCUACCUGGCAGGGGUCUCAGCCAGCAGGCUGGGGUUGUCCGAGAGCUUUGUAAUGUCGUAACUCCCGGGCACCACCCAGACCAUUUAUUUAUUUAUUUGUUUUAUUUAUUCCUUCCUUCCUUAUUCAUUGAUUCAUUCAGGGCUUGAACUCAUGCCCCCAAGUUCAAGAGUCAUGGCCUCUACCGACAGAAUUAGCAAGGCACCCCCCUCACCCAGACCGAUGACAUCAGAGUGUCCGAGGGUAUGGCAGGGCAACUGUCAUGGCCUGGGGGGCUGUCCACCACUGUCCCCCCAACACGGGGCCAGGUCCUGGCACGCAGUAGGUGCCCUGCGAGUGCGCAUGUGUGCAUGCGUCUGCGGCUGAGGGAAGCCCUCUGUGCCAGUGCACCCGUGUCCCCUCUUAACCCUCCCCACACUCCCUACAGAGACAUGAGCAAUCUCAUGAUCCCCUACUUUGCAGAUGAGGAAACAGGGUGCAGAGGCUUGGCCCAUGUCACACAGAUGGGCAUAACUGGGAUUUGAACCCCAGGCCUGGCCAGCUCCUUAAGUGGGGCUUUUCGCCCUGAGCCUCCUGCUUCAUGUUAAGAACCUGUUUGUGGGUGCAAAGGCUGAGCCUUGAUACUGGUGUUGGGUGUCUGUUGCAUUUCAUCACAGGGCCCACCCUCCCCCUCGGGGUGUUGGCCGUGACUGCCCAGUGCUGGGGGGCCCUCCUGUCUCUGUGCUCAUGCAUAGAGCCUCGGGCCCCCCGAGUCUGUCCCAGCUGGUAUUAAUCAGCAACACAGGUUCCAAAGUGCCCAAAGAGCAGCUGCCAGGGUCAGAGACUCUGGUUCCCAGCCUCAGACUCUAGUGAGCACCUACUGUGUGCCAGGUACUGAGAACAAAUCAUUGGCUGUAAAUGAGAGGAGGAGAUGAAUCAAAGAAUCAUCUAGAUGCAGUCACGGUGAUUGGUAACAGGAAGGGCUGCCAUAUAUAAAUGCACUCUGGUGCGCGUCUGGCGCUUUCCUGACGCCAGAUUUUCCGCUCUAUGGAGGCAUAAUUGACACGCAGUAACUGCACGUAUUUAAAAUGUGCAACUUGAUAAUUUGGAUAGAUGAGUAAAUUCAUGAAGCCAUCGUCAGUCAAGAUAACAGACAUAUCCAUCUCCUCUGACCAUCUCCUCCUACCUCUUUGCAAUCUCUGUGGGCUGUUCCCCCCCAACCUCCGUCCCUAGACCACUAUUGAUCUGCCCUCUGUCCUUAUGACUCAUUUUUAUUUUCUGAAAUUCUAUAAAUGGAAUCAUAUAGGGACGCCUGGGUGGUCAA